GAUGCUGCCAGCGGAAAAUGGCUGCUGCAACCUGGAGCCUGUCCUGAUCCACCGAGACGACACCGAGGCGGGCUGAGCCGAGCCGGGCCGGGUCGUGGCGAGGGGGGGGGGGGUGGUGGUGGUGGUGGUGGUGGCGGCGGUGCUGGCGGGACUGAGACGACGACGACGACGAGGAGGAGGAGGAGAGAGCGGAUGCGGGGAGGAUGUGAGCGCCAUCGGCGUGUGUUUGCGGACCAGAGCAAGAGGAGAGCCCGCUGCGAGCGGCGGCCAUGGAGGGCGACGUGCGUGUUCGCGCGGUGGUGAUGACACGUGACGACUCCAGCGGCGGCUGGGUGCCCCUCGGGGGUGGCGGCCUCAGUCACGUGGUCAUAUGCAAGGGGCGGAGCAGCGACAGCCGGGGGCGGAGAGAGCACAUCAUACGCGGGGAGAGGCUGCGAGACCGGGCGCCCGUGUUGGAGUGCGCCGUCCAGAGGGGGCUGGUCUACAACAAGGUCAACCCCAUCUUUCACCACUGGCGGGUGGACGAGCGCAAGUUUGGACUCACCUUCCAGAGUCCCGCCGACGCCAUCUCCUUCGAGAAGGGUCUGCAGGCCAUCUUGGACAAGCUGGACCGAGGCUCCGACUCGCCCUCGUCGUCCACGCCGGAGGAGGCAGACACUGAAGAUGACGGCCAAGCUUCCCAUACAGGAAGUGAGUCCUCGUCCAAUAGCAGGAAGGAGAUGCUCCCCAAACCCAUCACCAUAGUGACCAGCGAGUCAUCCGCCACCUGCUUCGUGCGGACCGAGGAGUUCAGUUUCGGAUCCGGCGGAACCAUGCAGACGCCUGCUCAGAUCCACACCAGGCCGGGACAGCAAACGACCACUCCGUUAAAUCCCCUGGCUCCGCUGCCGCCUGCUCCACCCUCCCCUCCGGCCUCGUCGCCUCUGUCGCCUACCAUCUCGCUGCUGGAGGAGGGGGACCUGCGCAGCGUGGAUCCCUGCAAGGACCUGUGGGGGUCCAGAGGGUACGAGGACUACCGGCGAGCCGGAGCCACCAGGACUAUGGUCGGGGGACUGACCGGGGGCGUGGUGGUAGAGAGCGGGGGGAGUCAUCAGGACAAGACGGAGUUGUGCGUGGUCCGCUUCGAGAAGGAAGCGGGGACGGCGGGCUGCGAGGUGACCGUGAGUUUGGACAGCAAGGCCGCCCAGCGUCUGUCCUCCUCCUCGCCCACCUGCAUGUCCAUCCCCAACGCUGUGUCCGGCGUGUCCUCAGGGGCCGGCUCCCCCCAGGAGACCGGCAAAGGCUCCCCUUCGCCCUGCUGCAUACACACCUCCUUGGCAACGCCUCGGUCGCGGACUCGUAAGAGGGGAGGAGGGGACCCCGGGGCCGUCUCUCCCGACGACGACAGCCCGUGUCCCCAGGCGUCGUCGUCGUGCUCGUCCCGCUGCGUGUACUGCCGCUCCGUGUUCAGCGCCUCUGAAAACGGGCGGGGCCGCUGCAGGGACGCCCCGGACCCGGCCCUGCACUGCCUGCGCCAGUGGACCUGCGUGUGGUGCGCAGAGAGCCUGCUCUACCACUGCAUGUCGGACUCUGAGGGGGAGUUCUGGGAGCCGUGCUCGUGCGAUGACUCCCUGGGGGGCCACCCGCACCCCCUCUGCUGCGCCCGCUGGUUGGCCCUCGUGGUCCUGUCGCUCUUCGUGCCCUGCAUGUGCUGCUACAUGCCUCUGCGCGCCUGCCUGCGCUGCGGCGAGAGGUGCGGCUGCUGCGGGGGGAAGCACAAGGCGGUCCGGUGAGACCGGGCUCGGGUCGGGAGGGCUCUCUCGGCGAGGGUGCGGAGCCUGGAAGCCCCUCCGCUGCAUUCCGCUCUCUUCUCAACCCGGGGGCCUUCUGGACUCGUCCACGCCCGCCGAGGAGGCCGCUCGGCCCGGGUUCUGUGGCGCCGCACGGAGCCUUGGACCCCGCUGAUGUAGAAUUAGCGAGCAGAGACUUGUCAACGCAAAGGACCAGGGGGGGUAACCACAAUGUGCUCCUUUAGACAAACAAAGAUGGUCGGUCUAUUUUAGUACACGUCAGACACGCCACCACACACACGGGAGGGGAAACGCUUUCGUGUUCGCCUGCGUCAUCUGUGGUCAGAUGAGUCGCCCUUUACCUCCAAACUUUACCUCACGCCACACGUCCACGAGCUGGAGGAGGGACAAUUACUAGCUGCAAUGACAACCGUGACGGUGCUUUGUAACUGUGGGGAGUUCAAGGAAGUGAGAAGAAUCACCUUUUCAUCUCCCCCAAAGAAAAACCAACCCCGCUAAUAAUCGGAGGAUAUAAAAAAGUGCAAUGAAGGAGAAUUUUUGGACGCCGACUUCGGGCAAAAAGUGAAACCUGUCGCGUGCGAACUGGCAAGGGGCCGCAACAUUAGGUACGCCUGCAUGACGGUACAAAAACUAAAGAGGACACGUUAGGAAGCGCUGGUGUGCCUAAUCAAGUGGCUUCUGAGGACGGAGUGAAAUUACUCCACAAGCAUCUUUUUACUCACACCCAACUGUUCACAAACUAUAUUCUUCCAUUAAUAUUUGCAAGUCAAAAAAUUAAAUUUUCUUCAAUUAAAAAACGAUUCAUAAGUAAAAAAAAAAAACUAUUUUCUUCAAGUAAAAAAUGAUUCAUAAGUAAAAAAACUAAACAAUUUUCUUCAAAUAAAAAACGAUUCAACGAACGGUUAAAACGAUUUAAAAAACAAAACAAUUUACUUAAAAAAAAAAAAGAUUCACAAGUAAAAAAACACAAUUUUCUUCCAUUAAAAACUAUUUAAGUUAAAAAAAAAAAAUUCUUCAAUUAAAAACCGAUUUAUAAGUAAAAAAAACAAAAUUUUCUUAAAUUAAAAAACGAUUCAUAAGUUAAAAAAAAAAUUCUUCAAUUAAUAAGUUAUUUGCAAGUAUACAUUUUUUUUUCUUCAAAUAAAAAACGAUUCAACGAACGAUUCAAACGAUUAAAAAACAACAACAAUUUACUUCAAUUAAAAAAAAGUUAUAAGUAAAAAUACACAAUUUUCUUAAAUAAAAAAAACAUUCAUAAGUUAAAAAAACAAUUUUUCAAUUAAGAAAUGAUUUGCAAGUAAAAAAAGUUAUUCGAUUACAAAAAUGAUUUGCAAGUAAAAAAAAAAUUAAAUUAAAACGAUUCAUAAGUAAAAAAACAAAACCAUUUUCUUCAAAUAAAAAACGAUUCAACGAACGAUUAAAACGAUUUAAAAAACAAAACAAUUUACUUCAAAUAAAAAAAGAUUCACAAGUUAAAAAACACAAUUUUCUUCCAUUAAAAACGAUUUGCAAGUUUAAAUUUUUUUUUUCUUCAAUUAAAAACCGAUUUAUAAGUAAAAAAAACAAAAUUUUCUUAAAUUAAAAAACGAUUCAUAAGUUUUAAAAAAAAUUCUUCAAUUAAUAAAUUAUUUGCAAGUAUAAAAAAAAUUUCUUCAAUUAAAAACGAUUCUUAAGUAAAAAAACUAAACAAUUUUCUUCAAAUAAAAAACGAUUCAACAAACGAUUGAAACGAUUAAAAAACAACAACAAUUUACUUCAAUUAAAAAACGAGUUAUAAGUAAAAAUACACAAUUUUCUUAAAUAAAAAAACGAUUCAUAAGUUAAAAAAACAAUUCUUCAAUUAAAAAAAUGAUUUGCAAGUAAAAAAAAGUUCUUCGAUUACAAAAAUGAUUUGCAAGUAAAAAAAAAAAAUUAAAUUAAAACAAUUCAUAAGUUUAAAAAAAACUAUUUUCUUCAAGUAAAAAAUGAUUCAUAAAUAAAAAAAACAAAACCAUUUUCUUCAAAUAAAAAACGAUUCAACGAACGAUUAAAACGAUUUAAAAAAAACAAAACAAUUUACUUCAAAUAAAAAAAGAUUCACAAGUAAAAAAACACAAUUUUCUUCCAUUAAAAACGAUUUUCAAGUUAAAAAUUUUUUUUUCUUCAAUUAAAAACCGAUUUAUAAGUAAAAAAAACAAAAUUUUCUUAAAUUAAAAAACGAUUCAUAAGUUAAAAAAAAAUUCUUCAAUUAAUAAGUUAUUUGCAAGUAUAAUUUUUUUUUCUUCAAAUAAAAAACGAUUCAACGAACGAUUGAAAAACAACAACAAUUUACUUCAAUUAAAAAACGAGUUAAAAGUAAAAAUACACAAUUUUCUUAAAUAAAAAAGCGAUUCAUAAGUUAAAAAAACCAAUUCUUCAAUUAAGAAAUGAUUUGCAAGUAAAAAAAAGUUCUUCGAUUACAAAAAUGAUUUGCAAGUAAAAAAAAAAAAUUCAAUUAAAACGAUCCAUAAGUAAAAAAACAACUAUUUUCUUCAAGUAAAAAAUGAUUCAUAAGUAAAAAAACAAAACCAUUUUCUUCAAAUAAACGAUUCAACGAACGAUUAAAACGAUUUAAAAAACAAAACAAUUUACUUCAAAUAAAAAAAGAUUCACAAGUAAAAAAACACAAUUUUCUUCCAUUAAAAACGAUUUGCAAGUUAAAAAAAAUGUUUUUCUUCAUUUAAAAACCGAUUUAUAAGUAAAAAAACUAAAUUUUCUUAAAUUAAAAAAACGAUUCAUAAGUUAAAAAAAAAUCUUCAAUUAAUAAAUUAUUUGCAAGUAUAAUUUUUUUUUUCUUCAAUUAAAAACGAUUCUUAAGUAAAAAAAACAAAACAGUUUUCUUCAAAUAAAAAACGAUUCAACGAACAAUUCAAACGAUUAAAAAACAACAAUUUACUUCAAUUAAAAAACAAGUUAUAAGUAAAAAUACACAAUUUUCUUAAAUAAAAAACGAUUCAUAAGUUAAAAAAACAAUUCUUCGAAUAAAAAAAUGAUUUGCAAGUAAAAAAAGUUCUUCGAUUACAAAAAUGAUUUGCAAGAAAAAAAAAAUUCAAUUAAAACGAUUCAUGAGUAAAAAAAAAACUUUUCUUCAAGUAAAAAAUGAUUCAUAAGUAAAAAAACAAAACCAUUUUCUUCAAAUAAAAAACGAUUCAACGAACGAUUAAAACGAUUUAAAAAACAAAACAAUUUACUGCAAAUAAAAAAAGAUUCACAAGUAAAAAAACACAAUUUUCUUCCAUUAAAACGAUUUUCAAGUUAAAAAAUUUUUUUUUCUUCAAUUAAAAACCGAUUUAUAAGUAAAAAAAACUAAAUUUUCUUAAAUUAAAAAACGAUUCAUAAGUUAAAAAAAAAAUCUUCAAUUAAUAAGUUAUUUGCAAGUAUACAUUUUUUUUUCUUCAAAUAAAAAACGAUUCAACGAACGAUUUAAACGAUUAAAAAACAACAACAAUUGAUUGAAUUAAAAAACGAGUUAUAAGUAAAAAUACACAAUUUUCUUAAAUAAAAAAACGAUUCAUAAGUUAAAAAAACAAUUCUUCAAUAAAAAAAUGAUUUGCAAGUAAAAAAAGUUCUUCGAUUACAAAAAUGAUUUACAAGUAAAAAAAAAAAUUUCAAUUAAAACGAUUCAUAAGUAAAAAAAAAACUAUUUUCUUCAAGUAAAAAAUGAUUCAUAAGUAAGAAAACAAAACCAUUUUCUUCAAAUAAAAAACGAUUCAACGAACGAUUAAAACGAUUUAAAAAACAAAACAAUUUACUUCAAAUAAAAAAAGAUUCACAAGUAAAAAACAAUUUUCUUCCAUUAAAAACGAUUUGCAAGUUAAAAAAAAUGUUUUCUUAAUUUAAAAACCGAUUUAUAAGUAAAAAAACAACAUUUUCUUAAAUUAAAAAACGAUUCAUAAGUUUAAAAAAAAUUCUUCAUUUAAUAAAUUAUUUGCAAGUAUAAUUUUUUUUUCUUCAAUUAAAAACGAUUCUUAAGUAAAAAAAACAAAGCAGUUUUCUUCAAAUAAAAAACGAUUCAACGAACGAUUCAAACGAUUAAAAAACAACAAUUUACUUCAAUUAAAAAACGAGUUAUAAGUAAAAAUACACAAUUUUCUUAAAUAAAAAAACGAUUCAUAAGUUAAAAAAAACAAUUCUUCAAUUAAAAAAAUGAUUUGCAAGUAAAAAAAAGUUAUUCGAUUACAAAAAUGAUUUGGAAGUAAAAAAAAAAUUAAAUUAAAACGGUUCAUAAGUUAAAAAAAACCCCACAAUUUUCUCAAAUAAAAAAUGAUUCAACGAACGAAUCAAACGAUUAAAACAUUUUUUUUACUUAAAAAAAAAUACAAAUAUUCACAAGUAAAAAAAAUAUUUUCUUCCAUUAAAAAUGAUUUGCAAGUAAAAAAUAAAUAAAACAUUUAUUCAAUUAAAAAACGAUUCAUAAGUAAAAAAACACAAUUUUCUUAAAUUAAGAAAUUAUUUGCAAGUUAAAAAAAAUGUAUUUAAUUAAAAACGAUUCUUAAGUAAAAAAAAAAAAAGUUCUUCAAUUACAAAAAUUAUUUGCAAGUAAAAAAAAAAAAAUUCAAUUAAAAAACGAUUCAUAAGUAAAAAAAAUUCUUCAAUGAAAAAAAUAUUUGCAAGUCAAUUUUUUUUCUUCCAUUAGAAAACGAUUAAUAAGUAAAAAUAACAAAACAAUUUUUUUCUAUUAAAAAAUUAUUUGCAAGUGAAAAAAAAAUGUCUUCCAUUAAAAAAACAAUUCAUAAGUAAAAAAAAAAAUGUAUUCAAUGAAAAAAUGAUUUGCAAGUAAAAAAAAAAAUUCUUCAAUUAAAAAAAUAUUCGGAAGUAAAAGAAAACACAAUUUUCUUCCAUUAAAAAAUUAUUUUCAAGUAAAAAAAAACAAUAAUUUUCUUGAAUUACAAAACCUACUUUCUUCAAUUAAAAAAAACGAUUCACAAGUAUUAAAAAAUAUUUUAUUUAAUAAAAAAACAAUUAGCAAUUAUAAAACCAAUUUUCUUCAAUAAAAAUGAUUCGCAAGUAAAAAAAAGUUUUCUGCAAGCAAAAAAAAUAUUUGUAAGUAUAAAGACGAUUUCUGAAAGUAAAAAAACACCUUGUGGGAAAAAAAACAUGUCAACAAGUAAAAAAAAAAAAGAUUUGCAAGUAUAAAAACUAUUUUUCUUUCAUUUAAAAAAUCAUUAGCAAUUAUAUAAAAAAAAAUCUUUCAAUAAAAAUAAUAAUAUGCAAGUAAAAAUCAAAUUUUCUGCAAGUACAUUUGUUUUUGCAAGUAUAAAAACUAUUUUCUGCAAGUAAAAAAUGCCUGGAAAAAAAAAACGUUCUGCAAGUAAAAAAACGAUUCGCAAGUAUGAAAACUGUUUUCUUCAAUAAAAAAAAAAAAGAUUUGCUCCAAAAAAAUUUCUUCAGUUUGAAAAAACGACAAGCAAAAUAAAAUUUUCUGCUAGUAAAAAGCAGCAUUUGUAAGUAUAAAAACUAUUUUCUUUAAUUAAAAAAAUUAUUUCUAAAUAUAAAAACUAUUUUUUGCCAGUAAAAAAACGCCUCGCAAAAAAUCAACCUAAUUUUAUGCAAGUAAAAAAACGAUUCGCAAGUAUACUUUUUUCUUCUUCAAUUUACAAAACGAUUCGAAAGUAAAAAUAAAAUUUUCUAUAAGUAAAAUAAAAAUUCUGCAAGUAAAAAAACUAUACGGGGAUACAAAAACUAUUUGUCGAUUGAAAGAAACAAUUUGCAAGUAUAAAAACUGUUUUCUUCAAGCAUUAAUAUUCCACCCUGUGCCAUCCACAACCACAAGCUCAACCUGUAAGUUUCCCCUCUCUUCUGUCCUGCCUCUUCUUCUUUGUUAUUUUGGGCGGACGGCACCAUGCGCAAACAACAGUAGCUCUGACGGCCUUAAAUUGACUCAGCAGCGCCACCUGUCGUUGUAGAGGGUGCUCUGAGUGAAAAGUGUGUGCGGAAUAUUACUGACAAAACUUAAAGAAAAUAGUUUUUAGACACGCCAAUCGUUUAUUACUUGCAGAAAAUGUCUUUUAUACUUGAGAAUCGGGUUUUUUUAAUGGAAGAAAUGUAUUUUUAUAUGGUGGGGUGUGAGUAACAACACGUUUGGCAGUGAUUUCACUCAAACGGCGGCGACGCGCUCGCAGACAAACGUGAACUAACUUGAAAUCCUCCCUCCUCUCGCUCACUUUUCACCGCCGCUGGUCACAUUUUGCAGAGUCGGGACAUUUUUCUGCAGGCGUGAUAACGACAAGCACCACAUUUCACUUGUAAUGAUUUGAAUAGAUCAAAUUAGCGACGGAUCAAACGAGACUGAAGCACCGAUGCCUUAUGAAACUGACACCGUGUCACAGGACGUGUGUGUGUCACUUUAAGAGAACACACGUGAAGGAUAUGACUUCUUCGGACCGUACGACGUGGAGAAGGAGUGGCGUCCAUUUCAGAGAAAAAACCCAAAGUGUGGCACCAUUUUAACCCUAUGGCGCCAAAUAAGGUCAUUUUUUUCUCUUCGCUAUUUAGCUUAUUGACCAGAAUUGUACGUAUCAUAUUCCUUUCUGCAUAGAUAUCCCUUAAAAAAUAUUGUACGCCAAAUAUGACCGACAGAUGACCAUUAUGAAACACGAACACAGUAUCAGCGCAGGUAGUGAGUGUGCCAUACACUCACUGGUGAAAAUAACGUAGUUAAAAAUGCUUGCAUGAAUCAUUCAUACACAGAUGAUUUUGAUGGCACUUUUCACUUCAGAAUAGAUCAAACCGUUACCAAGUUUUGAGCAAAUACAUGAUUUAAGUGGACAUUUAAAAAGUAAAAGUGCAUUUGUGUCCAUCUAUUGGGCUCUUUUUGGAGUUGAUGCAAGGUAGUUUUCAGCGGCGAUUCAUCCAAAUUGGAAAGCUAGAUUAAUCUGAUUAAAAAUGUCAUCAUAUAUAAUCUUACUAACAGUUAUUUUCCCUCGCCAAACUACCAGUUUACAAUUUGCUCUUUUUUUAAAGCGUAUUCUACGUACUUAAUGGCCUAAAUUACGCAUUUUUCUUUAUAAAGCAGUGUCAUGUCUCAUAAUGGUCAUAAUAAACUGUUUUUUAUGCUCCAACUAUAAAAAUGUUCCAUUUACAACCAAUAAUUCCUACUUUGCGAAAGCUAAUUUACCCACGGUCAGGCCCGGAACCAAUUAACAGCCAGGGAUUACAGUAGCCAAUGACAUUCUGAGGCACAAGUCUGUCGACCAAUCAGCAGACAAGAGUGUGUUUAGCUCCGCCCUUCACGAGCGUAGCGGCGCCUCAAAGAAGCUGCAAAAACAGACGACACACAGACGUCAAGUUUUGUUCUGGAAAGUUCUCUCAGCAAAUUGCGCUGUCGCCAUGACGACGAAUCAGACGUGGAGCAGACUGAAUGGGUUAAAGAUGGAAGCAUGACGGAAGUUAUUAUCCUCUCAGUAUUGUACAAAGGGAAAUUACACACAAAAAUGCUUUUAGUCACGCCCAACACAACAAACUAUUUUGCAUUUUAAAAAUGAUUAGCAAGCACGAAAACUAUUUUCGUCAAUUAAAAGAAUGAUUCGCAAGUAAAAAAAAACAAUUUUCUUCAAUUAAAAAACGAUUUGCAGGUUACAUUUUUUUUUCUUCAAUUAAAAAAAUGAUUCGCAAGAAAAAUAACUAAUUUCUUCAAUUAAAUGAACGAUUUGCAAGUAAAAAAAACGAUUUCCUGCUAGUUAAAAAUUUAUAAAAAAGUAUAAAAACAAUUUCCUCAAUUAAAAAAAAUAUUUUUCAAAUAAAAAAAAACGAUUCGCAAGUUUAAAAACAAUUUUCUUCAUUUAAAAUAAUUAUUCGUAAGUAAAAAACACAUUUCUUCGAUUGAAAAAAUUUCUCAAGCAAAAAACAAAUUUCUUUAAAAAAAAAAAAGAUUUUCUGCUAGUAAAAAACGAUUCAUAAGUAUAAAAAUUAUUUUCUUCAAAUAAAAAAAAAAAGUUUUGUAAGUAAAAAAACAAAUGUCUUCGAUUAAAAAAAUAAUUUCUUCAACUAAAACAUUAUUGACAAGCAAAAAACAAUUUUCUUCAAUAAAAAACGAUUAGCAAGUUAAAAAAAACUAUUUUCUGCUAUUAAAAAAAUUAUUCAUAAACAUAAAAAUAAUUUUCUUCAACAAAAACACUGAUUUGCAAACAUAAUUUUUUUCAAUUAAAAAACGACUCAAGUAAAAAAACGAUUUUCUUCAAUUAAAUGAACUAUUUGUGAGUAUAAAAACUAUUUUCUGUAUCUAAAAAACAAUUCCUAAGUAUAAAAACACAUUUCUUAUAAUAAAAAAAUGUCUUCAUUCAAAAAAAGAUUCGUAAAAAAAAAAAGUUCUUCAAUUAAAAAAAGUAUAAAAUAAUUUUCUUCAAAAAACCGAUUCGUAAGUAAAAAAAAACAAAAACUAAUUUCUUCAAAUAAAAACCGAUUCGCAUGUUUAAAAAAAAAUACUUUCUGCUAGUAAAAAAAUUAAUAAGCAUAAAAAUAAUUUUCUUCAAUAAAAACACUGAUUUGCAAACAGAAUUUUUUUCAAUUAAAAAACGACAAGUAAAAAACUAUUUUCUUCAAUUAAAUGAACUAUUUGUGACUAUAAAAACUAUUUUCUGUAUCUAAAAAACAAUUCCUAAGUAUAAAAACACAUUUCUCAUAAUGAAAAAUGUCUUCAUUCAAAAAACGAUUCGUAAAAAAAAACCAAAGUUCUUCGAUUAAAAAAAGUAUUAAAAUAAUUUUCUUCAAAAAAACGAUUUGUAAGUUAAAAAAACAAACACAUUUCUUCAAAUAAAAACCGAUUCGCAAGUUUAAAAAAAAUACUUUCUGCUAGUAAAAAAAUUCUUCAUAAGCAUAAAAAUUAUUUUCUUCAAUAAAAACCACAGAUUCGCAAAACAUUUUUUUCAAAGAAAAAACGACUCAAGUAAAAAAACUAUUUUCUUUAAUUAAAUGAACUAUUUGUAAGUAUAAAAACUAUUUUCUGUGUCUAAAAAACAAUUCCUAAGUAUAAAAACACAUUUCUUCAAUGAAAUGAGCGAUUCGUAAGUAUAAAAAAUCAGUUUCAACUUCCCCUCUCUUCUAUCCCCACCCUAAUUCUUCUUAUUUUGGGCAGACGGCACCAUGCGCCAACAACAGUCGUUCCUUAAAUGGACUUAGCAGCGCCACCUGUGGUUGUAGAGUGCAGGUGUGUGGAUCACAUAAAAUAUUACUGCCAACACUUUCAACUUGAACACGGUUUUCACACUUGCCGAUCCUUUUUUUAAUUGAAGAAAACAUUUCUUAUACUUUGGAAUCCUGUUCAUUUUUAAUGAAAGAAACAUGUUUGGUUUUUUUUACUUGCUAAUCAUGAAACAUGUUUUGUUUUUUUACUUGCCAAUCAUGAAACAUGUUUUUUUUUUUUUUACUUGCCAAUCAUGAAACAUGUUUUUUGUUACUUGCCAAUCAUGAAACAUGUUUUUUUUUGUUUUUUACUUGCCAAUCAUGAAACAUGUUUUUUUUUUUACUUGCCAAUCAUGAAACAUGUUUUUUUUUUUUUUACUUGCCAAUCAUGAAACAUGUUUUUUUUUUUUUUUUACUUGCCAAUCAUGAAACAUGUUUUUUUUUUUUUUUACUUGCCAAUCAUGAAACAUGUUUUUUUUUUUUUAACUUGCCAAUCAUGAAACAUGUUUUUUUUUUUUUUUUACUUGCCAAUCAUUGGGCGUGAGUAACAAUGUUUUUGUGAGUUUGGGCAGUAGUUUGGCUCUAUAGUAUUGCGUUCAAUUAGGCCACGCCCCUUGUCACCUCUACCUUCCUAACGAGGUUGUUCCAGGAAAGUAAAACUGCCAUUCCACACACACACACACACACACACACACACACACACACACACACACACACACACACACACACACACACACACACUGACUUGAAGAUGCAGAUGGACCAAAGCAGUAAAGCCAUCGUGCACACCUUCCUUCCUUCCUUCCUUCCUUUCUACAUUCCUUCCUUCCUUCCUUGAUGCUGCCCCCCCCCCUCCCCUCAUCCCCAUUCUUCUUACAUCUUAAUAAAUGUGCCUUUUGAUUUGAGUAAUCAAUCCCUUUUUGAUUUCCAAGUAACUCUGUACUCACCACUCUUUGAUUUCUGCCAAUGUGCAUCUUUUCCAAUGUAGUAUUUAUGAGUUGGAAAGUACUAUUUAUUUAUGGAGAUAUUUAUUCUGAUGAUCUUUAUUUGCUUUGGAGGCAGGUUUUUACUCUUCCGUGCUGUCUUACUUCUGACUUUGUGCCAAUGUGCUGCUUUGAGGUGUUACAUAUGGUGGGUUUGUAUCGUUAUUAAACCCUCACUCUAUAUUUUACACGCUGCUGUCCUUUUUACACCAACUUUUGGGGGAUGAAUGAGAA